AAAUAAAUAUUUUUGUUUUCAUUUAAAAAUAAAAUUUUCCUGAAGAAAAGCAUUGCGAUGUUGACUUCAUUGCUGUAUUUGCAUAUUCUUUGCUAUAUAAUGACACUAUUACUCCCGCUAAGUGCACAAAGAGCUCAGAGUCUACCGAAAGUGAUCAGUCAUCACAAUCACAGUGAGGAGUUCGUAAUACCACCCGAGCUGGCUAAUGCGGUGUACAAUGAGAGCCGUAUGCUCAUUGCUGGCGGAUAUAGACCAUCGAAAAAUAAUCUCAGUAAAUAUGUGGUGUCCAUACGCACCGCCAGAGCGACUGCCUACUUUGGGGAUAAUCAUUUUUGCGUGGGUUCAAUCAUAUCCGAUAAUUUAAUAUUGACUGCGGCGCAUUGUGUGGUUGACCGACGAAAGAUUAUCACGCGCCCGCAUCGUUUACUCGUUGUGGCUGGCGCACAGAAUCGUUUUACGAAACAUGCUGCCACCUUGGAAAUGAAAGUAUCAGCCGUUUUGCCACACCCGAAUUUCAUACGAAAAGGUGUGCACGAUAUAGCUCUUCUACGACUCGCCGACCAUUUUCCCGACGACAAUGAUUUCGUUAAGAUCAUACCGCUGCUGAGAUCCAUUGCAGAGCCAGGCACCUUAUGCCAAAUUAUCGGUUGGGGUCAACUAUUUUAUCGGGGCCCAUAUUCGGCGUAUGCUAUAUCUGCCGACGUAAGGGUAUUUUCUUAUGACGUUUGCCGAAAAUUUUAUCCGGGUUACUUUCAUGAAUCCAUGGUCUGUGCUGGCAGAGAAGGUACUUGGGAUGUGGAUGCUUGUCGCGGCGAUUCGGGUGCUCCGCUGAUUUGUUCAGAUUCUGUGGCUGCUGUUGUCUCAUGGGGCUCGUUUUGUGGUGAAAAAGGCAAACCCACUGUUUUCACCAGUGUUUAUCAUCAUCGCGCUUGGAUAGCCGUAGCAAGUGGUGGAAAAUCUUUUGAAGCAAUGAAAUCAUUACAUAUUUUGGUAUUUUGUAUGAUAAUUAUAAAAUGGUCUCUUAUAAAAUAA